AUGCUUGUUGACGAGAAGAACGAUGUCGACCAUGUCGAGAAGGCAUACGAUUCCCCGUCACCUCGGGAGCGUGAUCUCCACCCUGAGCAAGACUGGACACAUGAAGAAGAGCAAGCAAUUGUAAAGAAAGCGGACUGGAGGGUUUUCCCAAUGUUGUGCAUUGUAUUCGGCCUGUCGCUCUUGGAUAGGACAAACAUAUCCGCUGCAUAUAUUGCAGGAUUGGCCAGAGACUUACAGCUCACGGGCCAGAGAUACAACAUUGCACUGUUGGUCUUCUUCAUCGGUUACUGCCUCUUUGAGCUUCCCUCUAAUUAUGUCAUCCGUCGGUUGGGUGCUAGAAUCUGGUUGUCUGUGCUCAUCGUGGCAUGGGGCGCCUGUGUAUUGGGCAUGGGCUUUGUCCAUAGCUGGGAGGUCCUGACUGUUCUGCGCGCCUUCUUGGGUGUUUUCGAGGCCGGCCUCUUUCCCGGUGCUGUGUACAUUAUUGGGUCCUGGUAUCGACAGUUCGAGACGGCAAAGCGAGUAUCAGUUUUUUAUAUGGCAGCAUUGCUGGCAUCAGGGUUCGGACCGAUCUUUGCGUAUGCUUUAUCGCUCAUCAGCGUUGGCGAUGGAAUGUAUAGUCAAGGCUGGCGCUGGAUCUUUAUAAUUGAAGGGAUUGUCACUAUAGUGGCCGGAUUUAUUGCGCCUUUCUUCCUCGUCGAAUUCCCAGAGAAAGUCGGGUUCUUGACUGAUCGCCAGAAACAAAUUGCAAUCACCCGAGUCUCUAUGGAGAAGUCUGGCAAACAGACCGAGAAUGCCACCGCCAAAGAGAUGUUCCGGAUGAUCCGUGAUUGGAAACUACUCGUCUACUCUCUCCAGUAUUUUGUAGCAGCGUCAAGUGUGUAUUCGCUGGCAUUCUUCCAGCCCAUUAUUCUCCGUCAAGGUAUGGGCUUCAGCUACGCCAAAGCCCAGCUGCUCUCAUCCCCUCCGUACAUCUUCACCGUGUUUGCAUCGCUCGCGACGUCUUGGCUCUCAGAUAGGAUUCGAAUGCGAUGGCCAAUCCUUGUUGGCCAAUCGCUUAUCGCCAUUGUUGGACUCCUCCUCGUACUGUACCCCAAGCCUCCGGCAGUCCGGUAUUUUGGCCUGUUCCUUGCAACAUGGGGAACUCAGGGCAAUAUUCCAGCAUCUUUGGCGUACGGUAACAACCAAACUGCACGUGUACAGAAGCGUGCUGUCGUCGCCGCUGUCAUGAUCUCGGUCGGCGCAGCCGGCGGAGUGACUGGCAGUACCAUCUUCCAAGCGAAGGACGCGCCGCGAUACAUGCCAGGGAUGUGGGCCACAAUCUCUAUGCAACUUGUGUACUCCGUUGCCACAUUGUGCAUGUCGAUGUAUUUUAAGCGCCAAAACAAGCUCGCAGAUGAAACAGGAAAGACACUAGAGGGUGUUGAAGGAUUCCGCUAUGCUCCGUGAGCUCUGGAUGCUCGUUGGCAGGGUUCAUGUAGUUGAAGCCCACAAUAAAGUUGACGACCGUAACCGCAUCAGAGUCCAUUGAUGCAUCAAGAUCAAGAUCAUGAUGCGCUCUUGAAUGUUGAAAUAUGAAG